GGCUACAAAAGAGAACCCACCUGAGGCACAGAGCAACAAACACCCUAUUCUUCUCUCAGAACUUGCUUUCGGUUAACCCAUAGCAGUAGCACGAGAUGAUAGCCACAUCAUCAUUACUUACAUUCAACCAGAAGAUUAUGCAGCGUUGCAGGAAACUCCUGAUCCGACUCACCAGUAGCCGUCCCAAACGCCAUUACCGGCAUUUGAAACUUCACAAGCCUUCUUCUUCAUCAACAUCAUCAUCUGGGAAGAAAGCCACCAGAGUAGUGUCUGCGUUCUUCCUGACCUUCCAAAAGAAGAAGCAGAAGAAGGAGAAGAUGAAGCGGCUUAACGAACUCAGGAGUUUCUCCGAUUCCGUCAGUGAUAAGAAGGCUGGAUCAAGAAAAAAGGGAUUCCCAUCUAGUCUCACAACGUCUUGCAUUGGUCAAGGGAAGAAGGCUCAUUCACAAAAAGUCUCACAAGAUCUUGAUGCACCUAGAGACAGCACAAGUGCAUUCCUGCGAUGACUAGGCGAGAAGAUCAUCUGUAUUGCUUUUCAACUUGAUAUGUGAUGUGGACGUUGUAGGAU